AUGGCUCCCACUGAUGUCGAGGCCGUCGCUCCUGUGUUUAGGGUGUAUAAGCGACGGUUCUGGGGCUUGGCCCAGUUGGUCUUGCUGAAUAUUGUUGUUAGUUGGGAUUGGUUGACGUUCUCUUCGAUCUCGACGACGACGGCGGAAUACUUCGGUGUAUCUGAAAGUGCGAUCAACUGGCUGAGUACGGCCUAUCUCUUCGCAUUCUGUGUGGUCAGCCCUCUUGUCAUCUGGAUAUUGAACAAAGGCGGCCCCAAACCAGCCAUCGUCACGACAGCAGCCCUGCUGCUAGUUGGAAACUGGCUCAGAUAUGCCGGCACCAAAGCCAAUGGCGGGAUGUUCGGACUGGCCAUGUUCGGUCAGAUCCUCAUCGGCUUCGCGCAACCGUUCUGUCUCUGCGCACCGACACGAUAUAGCGAACUCUGGUUCUCAGAUCGGGGCCGAACAAGCGCAACAGCGGUCGCCAGUCUGGCAAACCCCCUCGGGGCCGCUAUAGGCCAACUGGUUGGUUCGGAGUGGACCACCAAACCCUCCGAUAUACCGAAUAUGGUGUUAUACAUCUCCGUCAUUUCUAGCGUUGCAGCAAUCCCAUCCUUCUUCCUGCCCAGCAAACCCCCCACACCAGCCAGCGCCUCCAGUUCCAACAUCACGGAGACCCCCAUCUUGAAAGCAACCAAACAGCUAGUAAGCACGUGGGAAUUCUGGCAAAUUCUGCUCCCAUUCUCCAUCUAUGUGGGCUUCUUCAACAGCAUCAGCAGCCUCCUAAACCAAAUCCUUAGCCCACACGGCUUCACCGAAACAGACGCCGGGAUCGCCGGUGCAAUCUUAAUAGUCGUGGGCCUACUCACAGCCGCAGUCCUGUCCCCAUUAACAGACCGCUUCAAGCACUAUCUAGGCAGCAUUCGCGUGCUGGUACCGAUCAUCGCGGCGACGUACAUCGGGCUUAUUUUUGCGCCGGGCAGUGGCGCGGGCAUUGCGCCGACGUAUGUUGUCUGUGCGUUACUUGGUGCGUCGUCGUUUGCGCUGUUGCCGAUUGUGUUGGAGUUUUUGGCGGAGAUUACUUAUCCGCUGUCGCCGGAGAUUGGGAGUACCAUUUGCUGGACUGGGGGGCAGUUGUUGGGGGCUUGUUUUAUUCUCAUUCAGGAUGCGUUGAAAAUGGGGAAUGGGGCGAGGGUUCCUGGGGAUAUGAGGAAUGCGUUGAUUUUUGCAGCUGUUGUUUCUGUUGCUGUUGCGCCUUUCCCUUUGACCAUUGGCUUGUUUGGUCGGGUUGUUGAGAGGAAGAGGUGGAUUGUUGAUUCUGGUAUUGAGUUGAGGGAUGGGGGGGGGAGAGGUCGAAGGUUGAUAAAGUUGACUCGGUUGAGUCUGGGGUUUCUGCUGACUCGAGUGGCUCGGGUGCUUCUGCGAGGGAUCCCACGACUCUUUUACGCUGAUGGGUUUGUAAUGUCGGGUUUGGAUUAUAAGCGAGGUGUUCCGUCUCUUUUAUUCGCUUUGUGA